AUGAGGUCUUAUGCUGAAGCAAAGUCGAGAUGGGCUGAGACUUUGAGGCACGGCCCCGGCAUCGCCGACCUCCAGCGCGCCGUCGGGUCGAAUGGCGACGCUAGCCCAUGCCUGUCGGGCUGCCGCUCUGUUUGCUGGAAGGCCUUUCUGCUCUUCCAGCACGCCCCCACCGACCAGUGGCCGCACAUGCUGCGCGAGCUCCGUGGCUCGUACACGUCGGUGUCGGACCAGCACCUCAGGUUCAUCCGCCACCCUAAGCAGCUGGCCGACUUGUCUUUCGACCCUCUAGCCGAUGACCCCAACUCGCCAUGGCACACGGUGCGCAAGGACGAGCUUGUCAGGUCCGAGAUCCUGCAGGACGUUCGCAGGCUUCCCGACGAGCCCUUCUACCACCAGGAUGCUAUCCAGACCAUGAUCCUCGACAUCCUAUUUCUUUACUGCAAGCUGCACCCAGCCGUCGGCGGCUAUCGCCAGGGCAUGCAUGAGCUGCUAGCCCCCAUCGUCUAUGUUGUCGCCCAGGACGCCAUCGACUCUGCCGAUGCCGCGGCCGACGAGCUCGCUGAUGCCACCAUGGUGGAGAUGCUCGACUCGUCUUUUAUCGAACAUGACGCCUAUGCCUUGUUCUCCACUGUUAUGGCCAGUGCGAGCGACUUCUACGAAGUGGGCUCCGACACGGCAUCAACCGCCCAUGACAAGAACACCAUUGUGGAAAAGUCAGAGUAUAUCCACGAAGUUGCCCUCAUGAAAAUCGACCAGGAGCUUGCAACUCACCUUCGCAACAUUGAGGUUUUGCCCCAGAUAUUCUUAAUACGCUGGAUUCGCCUCCUAUUCGGCAGGGAGUUCCCCUUUGACCAGCUGCUGGUUCUUUGGGACACGCUAUUUGCCUUCGAUCCGAAUUUGGAACUAAUCGACCUCAUCUGCGUUGCCAUGCUGCUCAGACUUCGGUGGACAUUGCUUGAAGCCGACUACUCGGUAGCUUUACAGCUCAUGCUCAAGUAUCCAGCCCCACGGCCCCCCAACGGUCCUCAUACAUUCGUCGACGAUGCCAUCUAUCUGAAAACCCACUUCAACGCCGCUGGCGGCGUCACUUUAAUAUCAAAGUAUACUGGCAGGAGUCUGACUGCGGCUUCCACCAGCCCGCAGCCUUCCACACCCUCGUUUCAAGCUUUUGGCAGCCUGCGCCAGCGAACGCUAGGUGCUAAGUCGCCGCUUUCUUCACCAGCAAGGCUGCUGCAACAGCCCGGCGGGGUUGAGGCUCUGUUUCAAGGCGCCGCCAAAGGCGUGCUUGAGCGAGGUGAGAAACUCGGGAUCAACCAGGCAGUUCGUGACGCCAUGGGCGAGAUCCGGCGUAACGUUCAGGGCCUCCAUGAGGCUCGAAGUUCUACCAGGGGAUCCCGCAUUUCGCUCGGUGAGAAUCGGCCUGCAGCCCGAGAACGCUCACUCGCCGUGUCGUUAAUGGAACGGAGAAAUCGCCAGCUGGCAGCGAUGCUAGAUGAGUCGAUUACAAGCCUCAAGCACGUGGCUGCCUCUAAACUGGAGGGAGAAAAGGAGAAACACAUUGAAGCUGUCGAGAUCGCUGCGUCCAAAGUUCAGUUCGUCAAGGCUUGCUUAGAAGACACCUCGCUCGAGCUUCCCGAGGAGGAACCGCCUUCCCUAACCGCGCUUACGAUUUCGACACGCAUUGACAACAAGUCGCCAACGGUUGCCCUAGACACAACGCCGGUGAUAAUGACUUCGUCGGCUGUCGAGGAAGCGAGAUCAGCAUUAUCAUCACCAGAAUCGGAGGCUAAGACUAAUGGGUUGGCUACUUUGCCGGAGGAGGAGGGCCCACAACUACAGCAAACAGUCCAUGACGGCGACAAGAUGGACACUGACCCUCCAGAAGAAAACGAUAUAACGGCUCUCAAAAACACUCUGGACGCCGUGCCUUUAACACCAGUGUCUGACGGUCAACAACACAUCUCUAUUGCCCCAACAGAGAGGCCCAAGGGUCCAAUCCCAACUCGAUCAACGCUAGCACAGUCAUCAUUCUCUUGGAUGCUUGAGCCAGACACCACCGCAUCAUCCGCUCUCAAGGCAUCAUCUUCCCCGUCAAAUCGGUCUCCUAGCAACAAUAAAACGCCCCCGAAAAAGCGUCAUAAUCCCAGCCGGGAGCGCAACGCUUUUCUUUUUGGCGAAGUAACCUCUGGGGGGCACGACGAAAUAAAUAUUUCGUCGGAUGAGAUAUUCGGCCUGCAGCCGAUGGGCAAGGGCAGCUGA